UCGCUCAACUGCUAUAUACUGAUACAAUUUCUUGGAUGGUUUUGUCGACAAUACUUCUGGAUAAAAUUCAAACAACCGUGUCUACUGGAAAUUUUGUCAAGCAUUUGUUCCAUGAGUUAGUAAAACAUAUGGGAGAAGAAAAUUUGAGCUAUUACGUUAAGGAUCCAUCACUGAAAGAUGCAUUUGAAGGAAUUUUUUUCGGAAAUAAUCAAAAACCUUCCAAUUUUUCUGUCGAUUUGUUUUCAUCUAUUGGUUUAGAUGGCUUAAUUUAUACAUUCCAAAACUCAUUAACUUUGUAACUAAUAAUUUUCCGUGGCUGAAAUCG